AUGUCCAUGGCGAUAUACACCCGAGUAUAUUCCCCCAGCAGCGCUGGGCAACUCGUCUCCGCUAAAGGCACCGGGGGCAGUCCUCUGUCCGACGCAGACCUGCUCGAGGAGUUUCGAAAACAUGCUGAUAUAGAGAAUCGAGAGCCCACGGCUCUGGUCUCCGUCAGCGAGCGGAUAAUCGACACGAUGAAGCGUGCUCUUGACAAGUACUAUCUCGAUGGCGAGUCACCGGCCGACAUAUGGGUUGCUUUUGUCGAGUUUCCAGCAGACGACACACACGGAAGCCCUAGCAGACUCCAUCCUGCGUCCAAACUAGCAAGAGAUUGUGAGCUCUCCAAUCCACAAGCCUUGCGCCACGAGACCGUUAUCGAAUGGGCUAUACCGGAACGCAAUGAUUUGCGGCGCUAUGUCGCCAGAGCUCUUCAAAGUAAAAGUGAUGACCCAAUUGGUUUCGGCGUCUUUUUGGCAUCCUUUGCAAAGAAAUUUGGGGCCAGAGCACCGCUCAAUUGGACCGCGCACCAGCUCUUCCACGAUUGCAUACGGUGCGGAAUCCACGACAUAGACCCUGUGAGACUUUACUACGCACAUCAGAGAGGAGAACCCUCCCUUGUUCCUAUCGAAUUCUGUCUUGAAGUGGAAGAUGCCAUAGAGACAGCUCUGUAUGAAUGGUGGCUGGCGGACUUUGAUUUUGUCCAAGCUUACAGGGACUACGAAGACUGGGAAUCUGUGAUGGAAGAACUCAUCCUUGACAGACAAAUUGGCUUCUGGGAAGCAUGGCACUUUGGUGACCAUGAUGGAACAGCCAGAGCGCUUUCUGAGGAAGAGAAAUUGGUGUAUGACACAGCAUAUGAUGAUUUACUAGCUCACAAUGAGCGUAUCAGGGCAAAUAUUGAGGCAGAGGCUGUGAGAAUAGGUUUAUAA